UUUACAAUAUCUUCUUUUAUUUUCCAUUUCCCAAAAUCCAUGGAGCUAAAGAUGGAUGGAUUGAGCAUAAAUGAAGGAAUAAUUAGGAUAAAGAAGACCGAACCCGUUUUAAUCCGACCGGCCGGAGAAACUAAUGAUGGUUUCUAUUUCCUUUCGAACCUUGAUCAGAACGUUGCAACCAUUAUCCAAACAUUUUACUGCUUCAAGACUGAUGAAGAGAACACAAAGAGUACUGAGAUCGUCUAUGAAGUGAUCAAAGAAGCACUGUCUAAGGUUUUGGUUAAAUUCUAUCCACUUGCAGGGAUUUUAACGAUCAAUUCCGAAGGAAAACUGAUUGUCCAGUGUACAAACAAAGGUGUACCCUUUGUUGAAGCUGUUGCAGACAAUGAGAUUGAAGCUUUAGGGGAUAUAACAAUUCCUGAUCCUAUGACAUUAGGGAAGCUCGUGUAUACUGUUUCUGGAGCUGAAAACAUUUUACAGAUGCCACUUUUGACAGCACAGGUGACAAGGUUCAAAUGUGGAGGGUUUGUGCUUGGCAUAACAAUAAAUCACUGCAUGGUUGAUGGGAUAUCUGCAAUGGAGUUUGUGAAUUCAUGGGCUGAAAUUGCCAGAGGAAUACCCCUCACUGUCCCUCCAUUCCUAGACAGAUACAUAUUAAGAUCUAAACAAUCUCCCAAGAUUGAAUUCACCCACAAUGAAUUCAAAGAGAUGAAUGAUGUAUCCAACAUGGUUACCCUUUAUCAAGAAGAGCAAAUGCUUUAUAAAUCCUUUCUUUUUGACUCUGACAAGCUAGAACAUUUGAAGAAAAUGGCCAUGGAGGAUGGGAGCAGCAGCAUAAAGAGCUGCACAAGUUUCACAGCACUAACAGCUUUAGUGUGGAGAGCCAGAAGUAAGGCUCUUAAGAUGAAACCAAAUCAACAAACCAAGCUUCUCUUUGCUGUAGAUGGAAGGUCAAAGCUAAACCCACCACUGCCAAAGGGAUACUUUGGUAAUGGAAUUGUUCUCACAUGUUGUCUUUGCAGUGCUGGAGAGUUGAUUGAGAAGCCAUUAUCCUUUGCAGUUCAAUUGGUGCAAGAAGCAAUCAGUUUAGUGAAUGAUAACUAUAUUAGGUCUACCAUAGAUUACUUUGAAGUAACAAGACAAAGGCCUUCCUUGACAGCUACUGUGUUGAUCACUACAUGGACUAAACUGGAUUUUGAUACUACAGAUUUUGGGUGGGGGAAACCAACACAGUCAGGUUGUGUAACAUUGCCUGAAAAAGAAGUUGUUUUGUUCCUUUCUCAUGGAAGAGGCAAGAAGGGCAUGAAUCUGUUGUUGGGUCUUCCAGUAACUGCAAUGAAGAUCUUUGAAGAACUAAUGCUAGUGUAAUUUAUAGG